UAAUUUACCGUAAAAGUUAAAAGGGUCAGUUGGCUAAAUAUGCCACUCUCAUCUGUGAUUGGUGAGUGCUGUAUGGCAAUCAAGACAUAUGGCUGACAUAAUUUUUGUGGGAUUAUAGGGUUGGCUCGUUUAGCCGACCCUCCUUUUUAUAUCAAGUAUAACUCGCAGACUGAGGGAACUUUGGACUGAUGGACUUAUUUGUGCUUUCGAGUUUAUCCGCGGCUCGCUGAAGAAGAAGGCUGGAUGGCAGGCAGUAGCAUGGGUGAAAGUAAAACUUUGCCAUUCCGAUUCACAUGGAGAAUUGACAGAUUUUCUCAAAUGAGUGCGGAAAGGAUCUAUUCAGAUGUAUUUGAAGUUGAAGGCUAUAAAUGGCGUGUUCUAAUUUUCCCGAAAGGGAACAAUGUGGACUGUUUGUCCAUGUAUUUGGAUGCUGCAGAUUCCUCUAGUUUGCCUGAAGGUUCGACUAGAUUUGCACGGUUUAGCCUGACAGUAGUUAGUCAAAUCCAUACUGGGUUUUCUUGGAGAAAAGACUCGAAGCACCAAUUCAACAAGCAACAGAGUGAUUGGGGUUUCACGUCGUUCAUGCCUCUCAAAGAACUUUUUGAUCCUUCAAGAGGGUAUCUUGUGAAUGAUACUCUUGUAGUUGAAGUAUUAGUAAUAUGCGAUGUUUAUGAAAAUGACACUGCUGAGCAUCUAAGGGAGAGGUUGAAGAAAGAACAGGAAGACCUCUGCACUAAUAUUGAAAAAUCUUCACAGGAUUUGCUCGAUGGGUUUGUGCAGGAAAGGUUGAAAGAAGAACAGGAAGACAUCUGCAAUGUUAUUGAAAAAUCUGCACAGAAUUUAACCGAUGGGCUUGUGCAGGAGAGGCUGAAGGAAGAGCAGGAAGACCUGUGCACUAUUAUAAAGGUGGUACAACAUGAAGACCUUGCAGAACAGAUUGGAAAUGAUAUAUAUUUUGGUCUUGUAGACUAUAACAAAGUGAAGAGUUUCCGUGUUCCAAAGGAUACAUCAUUUAACAUUUUCAAGGAAGAGGUUGCUAAAGAGCUUGGCAUACCAGCUCAAUUCCAGCGCUUUUGGCUGUGGGUAAAGCGUAAAAACCAUACAUAUCGUCCAUUUCGCCCAUUGACACAAAUUGAGGAAGCUGGACCGGUUGGACAAUUGAGACAACUUAAAAAGGUUAAAGGAGCAGAACUAAAAUUGUUCUUGGAGGUGGAGCGGGGGCUGGAUUUACGCCCCAUUGCACCACUCAAGAAGAGAGACGAUGAUAUAUUACUUUUUUUCAAGUUAUAUGAUCCAGAAAAAGAGGAGCUAAAGUAUGCUGGAAGGCUUUUUGUGAACCCAUCUGAUAAGCCAUCAGAAAUCUUAACAAGGUUGAAUAAAUUGGCUGGUUAUGAUCCUGAUGAAGAGAUUGAACUUUAUGAGGAAAUUAAGUUUGAACCAAAGGUCAUGUGUGAGCCUGUUGACAAGAAUCUUACAUUUCUAGAAAGCGAGUUCGGAAAUGGUGAUAUCAUAUGCUUUCAGAAAGCUUCUGCAAUGGAUAACGGGAAACAUAUCCGUAAUCCUGACGUGCCUUCAUAUUUGAAAUAUGUGCACAAUCUUCAGUUAUCUUUUUCUCCCUCACCGAAAGAAUCUGAAUAUGAAGAAUCAUUGAAGAAGCAAAACAAGAACAUUAUAACUGAAGAAAUGAAUGCUAUGAUAGAUGAAAAUGUCAUUGCUGCAAUUGACAGAGUUUUAUCAGAAGGGAUUACCAUUUCAAUACAAUCUCAGCAUUCUGUCCAAGGACAACAAGUUUCACUCUCACUACCUGAGCAACUUCUUCAGGAAUUGAGUGAUAUUGUCUUCAAAGAAGAUUUAGUUGAAAAUUUUAAAAAAGGUCUCACUCCUGAAAUUGACUUCAACUUAGUCAUGGAAAAAAUUGACGCCUAUGCCGACCUCUUUUCCUCUCACCAAUUAGAACAAGUCGGUGCUGUUAAAAACCUUCUCAAGAACCUUGUGAGGGUAUUUGAAAAAAUGGAAUAUUUGAAAAAAAAGCAAGACUCGGCUAAGAAGAGCACUGACAAACACAAUGAAGCAUUGAAGAAGACAAGAGAGAAAAUAUUGACCUCGCAGACUUCAUUCACAAACCAUCAAACCCAACUCAACUCUCUUGAUGGUGAGAUUGCUGAUCUUAAAGCCAAACUUGAAAAACUACAAGGUGACAGGGAGAGUAUUGCUGAGAUUCAAGAUCAAGAGAAAGAUAAGAUCACUUCAUUGAAUAAAGAAGUUAAAUCCAUUUUCCAUUGCCUUGUAGACGAUCACAUCAAGGUUAAAGCCGUUGAAGAUAAAAUUCCGGAGGUUCAAGCUGAUUUGGAAAAUUCUGAGAAGCUAUAUCAGUUCAUGAAGGCAGCACCUCCAUUUUGAUUUUACUUAUAUUCUAGUUUACACUCUAGCUUUCCAUUUUAGUAUUAAGAAUACUUGUCACAAAUUUAUUUUAAGUAUUGACGUUUUACUCAAAUUUGGUAGAUGUGAUAUGCUACUUCGAAUGAAGACUAUUUUUUACCA